AUGUCCAUCUCUGGCACCCUCAGCAAUUAUUAUGUCGACUCCAUCAUAAGCCACGAGAGCGACGAUUCCCCCUCCUCUAAAUUCGCCCCCGCUCAAUUCGCGGCGCCCCGAGGUCCCGGCGAAGCCCUGGAGUUCCCCUCGUGCAGUUUCCAACCCAAACCGGCCCCGUUCGGCCCCUCCUGGGCCGCCCCCGCCGCCUUCCCCGCCUUCCUCCCGCAGCCUUGGCUGGAGCCGGGCCCCGGCUCCGCUAAACCCGAGCUAGGCCGGGCUUUGGACGGGCCUAAGGGCGGCUUCGCCUUGGAGCAGCCGCGGGAAGCGCUGGGCAUCGCCCCCAACCAAAGGCGGGGAGGAUUCGAGGAUCGUAAAGCGGGCGAAGGAAGCGAAGACAAAGCCGGCCGAGAUCAAACCAACCCCGCCGCCAGCUGGCUGCAGGCGCGCUCCUCGCGCAAGAAGCGCUGCCCGUACAGCAAAUUCCAGACGCUGGAGCUGGAGAAGGAGUUCCUGUUCAACAUGUACCUGAGCCGUGAGCGGCGGCACGAGGUGGCGCGGCUGCUCAACCUCAGCGAGCGCCAGGUCAAGAUCUGGUUCCAGAACCGCCGCAUGAAGAUGAAGAAGAUGAACAAGGAGCAGGGCAAGGAGUGA